CUCGACCACACCGGAAACCCCCCGCGAGAUCUCAGGUCAAAAUGGCGGCUCCCUCUGGCACACUGCUGGCGGCUGGGAUCCGGGCCCGGAUUGUGAGUCUUACCCAGGUAAGAUGGAGCAGAUACAGCCCUUUGUACCUGGAUCCAGAAGUCAACAAAGAACAUUAUCGCCGACCUGUGGACGAAUUAAGUGAAGAAGAGCGUGCGGAAUGGGAACUUAAAUCCGUCAAACCGAUCAAGGCAUCUCCAGCUAAUGUGACAAGUUCCGUUUUUACAGACCCAGCUAUUAGUAAAUUCACCAAUAUGAUGAUGAAAGGAGGUAACAAGAUUCUGUCUCGCUCUAUAAUGAACCAGACUUUGGAACAGAUUAAACGAAUCCAGUUGGAAAAAUAUUACAAGGCUUCAGAGGAGGAGAGGAAGAACAUUGAAUGUAAUCCAUACACCAUCCUUCACCAGGCUCUGGACAAUUGCAAGCCCAUUAUUGGUCUCACUGGCAUUUUAAGAGGAGGCAAAUCUUAUCAGGUCCCUACACCUCUGACUGAUAGCAGACGUCGAUUCCUGGCAAUGAAGUGGUUGAUUAAAGAAUGUCGUGAACAUAAGCACCGGAGGACCCUAAUGUACGAGAAGCUUUCUCAGACUCUCAUUGAUGCCUUCCAUGGGGAGGGGCAAGUGAUCAAGAAAAAGCACGAGUUGCACAAGAUGGCAGAGGCAAACAGAGCAUUUGCUCACUUCCGUUGGUGGUAGGCAUUUGCCAAUCUCUGUGGAUAUCCAUGAACUAUGGGAAUAAAACUAUGUAAGACUAUCUGAUCAACUUAUAUAACGUGCUUACAUGGGAUGCUUCUGUCCUGCACUUGUUGGAGAUCUUGAAAAUUGUGACUGUAAAUACUUUUUUUUUUUACACAUAUGUACACCUAAUAAAUAAAAAUCUAUUAUUUAAAAUCAGAAUUUGCAAAAAAAAAAUGUUUUUCCAGUAAUCCUCUGACAUUUUAUAGAUAUCUUACUAGGCCAUAAUUAGUGUAUCAAUCGAUUACUUUAAACAAGGUCAUGGAACCCCUCUAUAUUCAAAAUUUCAAGACCUUAAAGGGACACUCAAAUUAUCAUAACCACCACAGCCUGCUGUAGUGGAGCAAAGCACUGUAACGCAGGGCAACUGAAAGAGUCAGCUGAUCGCUCCCAGCAAAAAAAAAAGGAACUGUACGGCUUAUCUCCGUGGCAGAACUUCUAGCUACAUGACACAUCUAUUUGUUCAGACUGUUCUUAAAUUAGUUGAUUACUUACUGUUGGAGGGCACUCUUGGCUCCAUAAUCAUUACAGCAUGCUGCAGUGCUUGGUGUCAAAACGGUUACGUACUACAAAUAAUUUUUUUUCUCAGCGGUAGUAUGACUUCCUACCCCUAUCUAAUGUCUAUUUGUUAGCUUUG